UCCUCUUUGUUUAUUUAUACACCAAUGUGUUCAUCGGAAGUGCCCUAAACUUCCCUUUCCUACAAACUACAAAACAAGACUUUGCUAUUCUUCUUGCAAUAAGUGUUUGAAGUCAAAUGCAUAAAAGGUAAACUGCUAAAGUUAAGUUUGUUACUGUAUUUUUGUGUAGUUGGUGAGAAGGAAGCCGAGAUUAGGCAACAAGGGUGCAUACCAAAAGAGGGAAGAGGCAGGGGAAGUAAAGAAAGAGUCUCACAUUAAAAAUAACCAGAGAGAGAAAUACAGAAGAAAAUGGCUUGCAGGUGUGGCUCUUCCUGAGUCAGUUUGAUCAUCUUUGUAUACGCAAGAAAAAAUUGUCUUCACCCAGAGAGUGACAGGACUAAAUCAAGAUGUUUAUCCUCACCUGGCUAAUUUUACUCUUCAUCAGUUCCAGCUCAGUAUCCCCUUUCCAAAGUAUAGCUUUCUAUGUUUCAGCCUCUUCAGAAAUGAGUGGAAGCCUCACACUGAUGAUUCCACCGCUGACAGAAGGACAACAAACCAAUCUGACUUGCACCGCUAACCCCUGCUCUACCGGCGAAACUCCUGUCGUUGCAUGGAAAUGUACCAAUUCUAUGGAGAACACUUCCUUUAACAUAGAUAAUGUGACAGAAUCUCAAAAACCAAACUCAACAGUGACACUUAAACCUUCAGUUACACAUCAUGGCUCCACAGUCACCUGCCCGAAUAACAUAACAGCGAACGUGACAGAAGUUCUCAAUGUAACCUAUGUGAAGAAAUUGGAAAUCAGCGGAGACAAAACCAUUAAUGAGGGUGACGCCCUGAAUCUGACCUGCCGCUUUGAUGGUUUUCCUCAAACUCUCCUCAUCUGGACCAAACUUGGCUCCAACACAAGCAUGACCAAUGGCACUGGAGCAGCCACCCUCUUCAUGAGCAAAGUAACAGAAAAGGAUUCUGGUCAGUACAUGUGUACAGCACAGAACCAGAACAGGAAUCUGACAGUGGACGUAGCAGUGAGAUUGCGACCUCAGAUCCUAGAUCAGUCUGACUGUAAGUCUCAGCAGGACGUCCUGACCUGUGUGUGCAUCAGUCAAGGCUUCCCUUCACCCACAAUUACAUGGGAAUCAUUGCAGAAUCCCAUCAACUACUCCAUCAGCACUGUUGUACUGAACCACACAGUCACAAGCACCGUCUCCAUAAACAUGAAAGGCGUCUCCAAUAUUUCUGCUGUUUGCAUCAGCAGUAAUACAAACGGGAAAACAAGCAGGAAUCUUUCUAUAACUGAGGUGGAAGGUGAAGGGUACAUCACAAACUAUCUAUGGACUUUCACACAGAUGGGUAUAAUAAUUCCCUUUCUGAUUGGGGUGUUAGUUUCAGCAUCCAUUUCCUGCUUGUUGUGGCUGUGCUGCAGGGAAAAGCACAAGUCUCAUGGAAGUACGUCUGAGACUCUAGAGAUGGUAAUGACUCAAGAGACAAACGGUGGUCACACAGUGGAUUAUGAGCCAAUUCCGGCCAGAGGGACAGCUGGAGGAUCCAAUGGCUCAGAAGCUGGAGCAUCAAAUAUAGAAUAUUCUGAUAUUCAUUUGUUGAUCAAACAAGACGCUGCAAGCCCUUCAGGGAACAAACCAAAGGAAGAAGUCACAGAUUAUGCUAAGAUUAAGCCAAAAAGAGAAAGAAAGAUGGAAGAGGGAGAAGGGCGUGAAGAAGAGGAGGAGAUGAAACUCGCCUCUGUGCCAGAGGAUGAGGAGAGCGAGACUGUGGCAGUGUAUUCUAAUGUGACAAACCUGAAGGAUCAAAUGUAAGAAUCAUUAACUUUAGUAGACUGAAGAUGAAAACAUCACUGUAGUUGACUGUAUUUAUGCGUCAGCUGUCUUGAACAUGAAACAAAAAUUCUAGAGAGAAAAAAGAUAGAAAUAUAUUCACAAUCCAAACUGAUGGAUGUUUAAGUUAACAAGAAACCACUGUGCUGAAAGAUGGGAAAGUGGCUUCUGGUAAAGCAAGCAGGUGUCAGAUGUGUUUUGCAUGUGGAGUUCCUCUUAAGGAACAAAGUGAAACUGGGCUAAGUUAGUUAAAAGGUUUUUGAACAGCAGUGCAUGUCCCCAUAACAUUGUUCCUCUUUAUUGUAUGACUGAAAAAAGCUUCUUCUUUUUUUUCAGUUUGUUUGUCUUAGCUAAACGAAAGGAUUGCUUAUAAUUGCUCAGGUUUAAGCAUUGCAGCAGAAAUUAAAAUUCUGUUGAAUAACCCAGCAGAAAUGUUUUGUACAAAGAAAAUACUUUUUAAGUGCUUUAUGUUUUACCUUAUUCUACCAGCUAUAUUACACUGACGGUACACUGCUGCAUAGAUUGGGAGUCAACACGUUCUUGCAGUUCCUAUGUGCAGAGUAGUGUAGCUAGAACUCAUUACAAUUGAGUGACUGUGUGAUACAAUGAAACCAAUACUUAUCCUAACUGUAUAAGGGCCUUGUUGCUGUGAAAAAAAAACUUGGCUAUUAGACAUGCUGGUAAUUUUGUAAAUAAAUACCAUGUUUCCUUAAAGUUGUGCUUACCAGUGAGAAUUUGUAGUGCACAAGUAUCUGCAACCUGCUGAGAGAAUGCCUUUGUUUGCACAAUAAAUCACAUUUCAUCAGUGCUUUGCAUAAAUGUUAUUGUACAUGGCAAUGUAAAAUUUGCAAGCUUCAUUUAUUUCAUUAGGACUGUUUAAUAAUAGACAAGCAAGAAGUAUUAAACUUAUUUGUGACGUGGAAAGAAAUUACACAAAUAAAAUGUCUGAAAACU